AUGAAACUCUCAAAGGCUGCCAUUCUCUUUACUGCCGUUGAAGCCGUAAAAGCUCUACCAUCAUGUGGGAAUGCACUCGAUGACAACCAAAAUUUGACGGUGGCCUUGGUGCGAAGUGCUCCUCCCAACUGGCCCCUCCCGCUCUUGAGCUACAACUGGACUGGGAUUAAAAUCAACAUUAAUGAAUCGGUUGACCAAGGCAUUCACUUGAUUGAAGAUGCCUCCAACAAUGGAGCUGGGAUGAUUGUGUUCCCAGAGCUGUGGUUCCCCGGGUUCCCCAAAGGGAAUAGUGUCAACAACUGGACGCAAACUCACUUGCCGUCCUAUAUCGAAAAUUCCCUGGUUGUCGGUGAUGCGAACUGGAAAAGGCUUGUGGAUGCAGUCAAGAAGGCUGGUAUUUAUGCGGGACUCGCCUUUUCCGAGCGACUGGAUGAUCAUAUCUACAUGGCGCAAUCUUUAAUCUCACCCCUUGGAGACAUUCUUAUCCAUCGCCACAAGCUAAGGCCAUCAGGUUCUGAAAGAUCGUUCUUUAGUGAUGGUACUAUGGACGAGCUUCAAGUUGUUACUACUGCGCGCGGAAGGAUUGGAAUGUUGGAAUGCGGAGAACACAGCUACCCCAGUUUGACUUUUAUCAUGCAAGCCCAAAUGGAAAAUAUCCAUAUUGGACCAUUCCCCUAUCUGGCGGACUAUGGCGACCCCGAGGCUUUGGCCUGGGAAGGUGCUACUGUCGAAGUCGCCGCUUCACGACACUAUGCAUUCAUGACUGGUUCAUAUGAAUUGAUGCCAGCUGUUGGUUUUGCUGCUGCUUUUGAACCUUCGGGUAACAUGAUUGCUCAAAUCAAUGCUAGUGUUUCUUUUGAGGAGCACCCGAUCGUUUACGCCAGUAUAAACACGACAACUUUCAAUACCUCACAGACAUACGAUGUUGAUGGCCAGAUGUCAUGGGCAGUUCUGCAGCAGAUUGUGAAAGGGUAUCCUGAUUAUAUCCCGCGUGUCGAGGGUUCUCUCGUUCCGCACAAAGAAGUUUCUGCGCGUUGGCUCCAGACAGGUGCUCUCAAAUAUCAGGAGGACGGGUCUUACAAUUAG